AUGCUUCUCUCCAGCGUGCUUGCUUUUGCAGCGGCUACGUCCGUAGCCGCGCAGUCGGCCCUCGGCACCCCCGCGACGGCCAACAGCACGGCGUCGACGGGCGCCGGGUGGCUCAACCCGCUCGUCAUCAAGGGCUACAAGUUCUUUGACGGCGUCACGGGCGCCGAGUUCCGCAUUAAGGGCAUUAGCUUCUACCCGCGCGCCAACACGGGCAAGAACUUUGACGCCAACUCGGUCGACUGGUUCACGGACGAGAUGGAGUCGAUUUGGCGGCCGCAGCUCGCGCAACUCAAGGCGCUCGGCGUCAACACCUUGCGCAUGUACGCGGUGGACCCGACCAAAUCCCACGACAAGUUUAUGUGCGAGCUCAGCAAAAUGGGCAUCUACGUGUUUGUGGGCAUGUCGGCUGUUUGCCCUGGCUGCUACAUUCUCGAUGAGCCCGCGCCGACGUGCUACUCGCCGGAAAUUUUUACGCGCGCCCAAAUGAUCUACAACGCGUUUGCAGUCUACGACAACGUGCUCGGUUUCAGUGUCGGCAAUGAAAACAACUUGGGCAAGAAGAUUGAAAAAUCGGCGCCGUGCGUCAAGGCCCUCAUUCGCGACGUUCGUGCGUACGGCGACACGUGCGCGGGCUCGGUGCGUCAGGUGCCGAUCGGUCUCGACAACGCCGACAUUGACACGCCGUCGCACCCGCGUGCGUCCUGGCUCGGCUACUACGACUGUCUCAAGAACAACGACGAAAACACCCGUGCCGAAUGGAUCGGCUUCAACCCGUACGUCGAGUGCGACCCGACUACGCACAUGUCGUACGCCGACUCCAAGGGUCUGCAAAAGCUUGUGGGGGACUACAAGAAGGCGGGCUACUCGCGUCCGAUCGUCUUUGGCGAGUUUGGUUGCAUCGAUAUCACCAACACGAUCGACAACAUUGAGCAGCAGCGCACCUUUUUGGACGCAAAAUGGAUGAACGAAGAAGCUGAGAUGACCGAGUACGUCUCGGGCGGCAACGCGUUCGAGUACAGCGUCGAGAAGGCCAACCUCAUCGACAAGACGGCGACACCGCCGUAUGCCAAGAAGGACGCCGGUCGGUAUGGUAUCGGGUACUUUACGCCCGACAACUGCGACCACGAGACAAUCCCGUGCGUCUACAAGAAGUACCCCGAGUUCGACAACCUUGCGAAAGCGUACGCUGGAACCAAGCCGUCGACUAUCAAGAAGGACGCGUUCACGCCGGCGCGGUCGACGGUGAUGACGUGCCCGGCCGACUUUCCGACCGUCGACUUGCCGCCGACGCCCAAGGUUCCGAUCCUCGGCUGCUCAAACGCACAACCUGUGUGCAACGGCGGCGCCUCCAACAAGAAAAAGUUGACCCUCGAAGUGGCGACGGCCGCCCCCAAGAAGAAGCUUGUGAGCGGCGCGUCCGGCGGCAGCUCCAACGGGAAGGACGGCAACUCGACGACGACGGGCGAAAACGCGGCGGCGACGACGUCUGUUGCGCUGCUCUCGGUCGCCAUUGCCACCUUUUUCGCGAUCGUAGCGUAG